AGGCCAAGGUUGUAGUUAAUCAUCAAUUUCUUAAUUUAUUUUGUCUUUGUAAUUGUAUUAGUUUAAUUAAUGUCAUAUUAUAGUUGAUGACAAACCAUUGUCUAUGUUUCUAAUGUCAAUUAGUGUUAUAUUGCUUGCAGAUUAUUAUAGGAAGGAAGAGGAAGCUUGAUCAUCCCCGGCGCAUGAUGUCUGAUGUGCUACAUAACAGGACAUCAGUAGCACCACCAUCAGAGGAGGCAUCACAUCGGCCACCAUCGGAGGGGCCAUUAGUGCCACCACCAUCUGAGGGGCCAUUAGUACCACCAUAUCGACCACCAUUAGUGGCACCACAGCAGCUACCAUGUACUCAGCCUCCACGUCUACCAUCGGUGCGUCCACCAUCAGUGGCACCACAGCAGCUAUCAUCAUCAGCUUAUGAGCCAUCUGCAGACCCUUCGACUUCUUCACAGCCCACCUCAGGUCAUGUUAGUUCUUUAUCAACCCCGAUUAGGCGUGGUAGAGGAUGUGCCAAGGGCAUUAAAUAGUGGGGUACUGGUAAAAAGCUGGACAUACAAUUUGAUGAAAAUUACUGUCCAAUAGGGGAUAACGUGGCUAAGUUAACUACUUAACUUGGCAUUAUUGUGCGGAAUGGUAACAUUGUUCCUCUUACUUUUCUUGACUGGAACAAUGUGCCUGAUGAUAUUGUUGAUGCUAUCUGGAAGGA